AAAGCUAGAUCGAGGUUAUCAAUAGCAAUGGCUGGAGCUUCUUCAUCAUCCUCUAGUUUUGCUGAAAUCCUUACCGAAAUUCCUGAGCUUAGGGGUGAUAAUUUCAAAAUCUGGAAGGAACGAGUUCUUCUUCAUUUAGGCUGCGCCGACAUGGACUACGCAAUAAGGAAGGACGAACCUGCUGCAAUCACUGUGACUAGCACUGCUGCUCAGAUCGCACUAUAUGAGAAAUGGGAGCGGUCCAAUCGCCUCAGCAUCAUGUUCAUCAUGUCCAAGAUCCCUCUGGGAAUGCGUGGAUCGGUGGAGCAACCUGAGAAAGUCAAAGACUUGAUCAAACUGAUCGAUGAGCAGUUCGACACUUCGGACAAACCACUUUACAACAACCUCAUCCACCAGUUCUCAUCCACAAAACUCACUGGUGUCAAAGGAGUUAGAGAACAUAUUUCAAAGAUGAGGGACAUUUCUGCUCAACUGAAGAAACUCGAUGUAGUCAUUCCCGAAACCUUCCUGGUCCACUACAUCCUUAACCAUCUUCCACCUCAAUAUGGGCCUUUCAAAAUUUCCUACAACACACAUAAGGACAAAUGGAGUAUCAAUGAACUGAUAACCAUGUGUGCUCAAGAAGAAGCAAGGCUCCUGCAGGAACAAGGUGAAAGUGCUCACAUGGCCACCCAAGGCAAGAAACGCAAACCAUCCAAGAAGGACAAGGGGAAAAAUAAAGUGCCUCCCCAAGGUGAUAUAAAGAAGGAUUCCAUCAAAUGUUUCUUCUGCAAAAAGAAGGGACAUGCGAAAAAGGAAUGCGCCAAGUUCAAGAAAUGGAUGGACGACAAUGGGUUUACAAAACCUAAGGAAGCCAGUGGGAAGUGAGCAAAGCAUCUUAUCUGGAAACAAGAUGGGCUCACAUGUGGAGGCUAUAGGAACGUGCCAUUUAGUUUUAAGUAGCGGUUUUGUUUUAAAGUUAGAAAAGACAUUUUAUGUACCAAGUUUCUCUAGAAACUUGAUUUCCGUUUCAAGACUUGUACCUUUUGGUUUUUCCUUUACAUUUUCAGACAAAUCUUUUAAUUUAUAUAAUAAAUCUGAAUGUGUUGGAAAUGGUAUUUUGUCUGAUGG